GGUACCUGGCUGUGGAGGGUGACGCCAUGGGUGGGGCGGAGCGUGUGGGAUCCGCUGGGAGCCUCGGAUCCCCGACAGUUUUGCAGAACACUGAUAUCUAUGGACUCUAAAAUGGACUUCAUUUAAAGAAACCCACGGACCAUUAAUGGACAAAAACAUGAGUCAAUAUGUAUUGUGGCAUUCAAAUCCUAGCACUUUGGGAGAGGUUUUGGAGCCCUCUCUUAAGUCAGAACUCUGUCCCAAAAAUCCUCUGAGUGUCAUCUCAGGACUUUGGUUAUACUCAUGGCACAAUGGCCAACUUUCAGGAGCACCUGAGCUGCUCCUCUUCUCCACACUUACCCUUCAGUGAAAGCAAAACCUUCAAUGGACUACAAGAUGAGCUCGCAGCUAUGGGGAACCACCCAUCUCCCAAGCUCCUCGAGGACCAGCAGGAAAAGGGGAUGGUACGAACAGAGCUAAUCGAGAGCGCGCACAGCCCCGUCACCACAACAGUGUUGACAAGCGUAAGUGAGGAUUCCAGGGACCAGUUUGAGAACAGCGUUCUUCAGCUAAGGGAACACGAUGAAUCAGAGAUGACGGUGUCUCAGGGGAACAGCAACACAGUGGACGGAGAGAGCACGAGCGGAACUGAAGACAUAAAGAUUCAGUUCAGCAGGUCAGGCAGUGGCAGUGGUGGGUUUCUUGAAGGACUAUUUGGAUGCUUAAGGCCUGUAUGGAAUAUCAUUGGGAAGGCAUAUUCCACUGAUUACAAAUUGCAGCAGCAAGAUACUUGGGAAGUGCCAUUUGAGGAGAUCUCAGAGCUGCAGUGGCUGGGUAGUGGAGCCCAAGGAGCUGUCUUCUUGGGCAAGUUCCGAGCAGAAGAGGUGGCCAUCAAGAAAGUGAGAGAACAGAAUGAGACGGAUAUCAAGCAUUUGAGGAAGUUGAAGCACCCUAACAUCAUCGCAUUCAAGGGUGUUUGUACUCAGGCCCCAUGUUAUUGUAUUAUCAUGGAAUACUGUGCCCAUGGACAACUCUACGAGGUCUUGCGAGCUGGCAGGAAGAUCACGCCUCGAUUGCUAGUAGACUGGUCCACAGGAAUUGCAAGUGGAAUGAAUUAUUUGCACCUCCAUAAAAUUAUUCAUCGUGAUCUCAAAUCACCUAAUGUUUUAGUGACCCACACAGAUGCAGUAAAAAUUUCAGAUUUUGGUACAUCUAAGGAACUCAGUGACAAAAGUACCAAGAUGUCAUUUGCUGGCACAGUCGCAUGGAUGGCGCCAGAGGUGAUACGGAAUGAACCUGUCUCUGAAAAAGUUGAUAUAUGGUCUUUUGGAGUGGUGCUUUGGGAGCUGCUGACGGGAGAGAUCCCUUACAAAGAUGUAGAUUCUUCAGCCAUUAUCUGGGGUGUUGGAAGCAACAGCCUCCACCUUCCAGUUCCUUCCACUUGCCCUGAUGGAUUCAAAAUCCUUAUGAAACAGACGUGGCAGAGUAAACCUCGAAACCGACCUUCUUUUCGGCAGACACUCAUGCAUUUAGACAUUGCCUCUGCAGAUGUACUUGCCACCCCACAAGAAACUUACUUCAAGUCUCAGGCUGAAUGGAGAGAAGAAGUGAAAAAACAUUUUGAGAAGAUCAAAAGUGAAGGAACUUGUAUACACCGGUUAGAUGAAGAACUGAUUCGAAGGCGCAGAGAAGAGCUCAGGCAUGCACUGGAUAUUCGUGAACACUAUGAGCGGAAGCUUGAGCGGGCAAAUAAUUUAUACAUGGAAUUGAGUGCCAUCAUGCUGCAGCUAGAAGUGCGGGAGAAGGAGCUCAUUAAGCGUGAGCAAGCAGUGGAAAAGAAGUAUCCUGGGACCUACAAACGACACCCUGUUCGUCCAAUCAUCCACCCCAAUGCCAUGGAGAAACUUAUGAAAAGGAAAGGAGUGCCUCACAAAUCUGGGAUGCAGACCAAACGGCCAGACUUGUUGAGAUCGGAAGGGAUCCCCACCACAGAAGUGGCUCCCACUGCAUCCCCUUUGUCCGGAAGUCCCAAAAUGUCCACCUCUAGCAGCAAGAGCCGAUAUCGAAGCAAACCACGCCACCGCCGAGGGAAUAGCAGAGGCAGCCAUAGUGACUUUGCCGCAAUCUUGAAAAACCAGCCAGCCCAGGAAAAUUCACCCCAUCCCACUUACCUACACCAAGCUCAAUCCCAAUACCCUUCUCUCCAUCACCAUAAUUCUCUGCAGCAGCAAUACCAGCAGUCCCCUCCUGCCAUGUCCCAGAGUCACCAUCCCAGACUCAAUAUGCACGGACAGGACAUUGCAACCUGCACCAACAACCUGAGGUACUUUGGCCCAGCAGCAGCCCUGCGGAGCCCACUCAGCAACCAUGCUCAGAGACAGCUGCCAGGCUCGAACCCUGACCUCAUCUCCACAGCCAUGGCUGCAGACUGCUGGAGAAGUUCUGAGCCUGACAAGGGCCAAGCUGGUCCCUGGGGCUGUUGCCAGGCUGACCCUUAUGACCCCUGCCUUCAGUGCAGGCCAGAACAGUAUGGGUCCUUAGACAUACCCUCUGCUGAGCCAGUGGGGAGGAGCCCUGACCUUUCCAAGUCACCAGCACACAAUCCUCUCUUGGAAAACACCCUGAGUUCUGAGAAAAUGGAAGAAAAUGAAUUCAGCGGCUGUAGGUCUGAGUCAUCCCUCGGCACCUCUCACCUCGUCACCCCUCCAGCGCUACCUCGAAAAACAAGGCCUCUGCAGAAGAGUGGAGAUGACUCCUCAGAAGAGGAAGAAGGGGAAGUAGAUAGUGAAGUUGAAUUUCCACGAAGACAGAGGCCCCAUCGCUGUAUCAGCAGCUGCCAGUCAUAUUCAACCUUUAGCUCUGAGAAUUUCUCUGUGUCUGAUGGAGAAGAGGGAAAUACCAGUGACCACUCAAACAGUCCUGAUGAGUUAGCUGAUAAACUUGAAGACCGCUUGGCAGAGAAGCUAGACGACCUGCUGUCCCAGACGCCAGAGAUUCCCAUUGACAUAUCCUCACACUCAGAUGGGCUCUCUGACAAGGAGUGUGCCGUGCGCCGUGUGAAGACUCAGAUGUCUCUGGGCAAGCUAUGUGUGGAGGAACGUGGCUAUGAGAACCCUAUGCAGUUUGAAGAAUCGGACUGUGACUCUUCAGAUGGGGAGUGUUCUGAUGCCACAGUUAGGACCAAUAAACACUACAGCUCUGCUACCUGGUAAUGAAGGAAUACACAUCCUGAAGAUCUCGUGACUAUACUGGCAUUUCAGAUCCACCCCACCCCCAGACUCGUCCCACUCUCUCCCAGCAUUUUGUCUGGGAAGAGAGACUACCCCAUCUUUACCACCCCCUAGAAAUGAGCUGCAAUAACAGGAACAUGAGACUUCGCAAAUCUCUGGAAAAAUAAUAUCCAAAUGAAAUUAAGUCUCACUGAACAUUUCAAUCAAGAAUGGCAGGGAUCUAUUUUAUUGAAUAUUCUAGCUACUGUAACAUUGAUAUUUAUUUUUGUUUGACAUUUUAACACUUUGUACUGUAAAGAGUGAACUAUAUAUGAGAUAGAGAGACAAUAAUUUCUUGCAAAAAAAAAAAGAUAAAGAAAAAGAAAAGAACAGAAAAAAAGAAAUAAGUGGAAUUUAGGAGCAACAUCCUUGGGAAUUUGUGGGGCCGGGAGGUAUUAUUGCUGCUUGAACAGGGGACCAGGUCUUUUGGCCAUAAGUGACUAAAGAAGAGCCAGAGCAAGACACUGAACAUUUUAGAACACAAAGAACAGCAAAGGAAAAGCAAUUCCAGGCAACUUGUGAACAGACCAUAUUCACUUCAACCAGCUUGUCCAGGUGGCUUACGGAAAUGACCUAGAAAAGUCUGGUGACCAGAUACUUGCACCCAACGUCUUCAAGGGCGUGUGCUUCCUCUAGGAGGGAAAAACAGACAAACAAACAAACAAACAAACAAACCUGUGUAUGUGGAAGCUGGUUUCAUUUUUAAAUGUUUAAGCAGCAGUUGGUAGUGAGGUUUACAGAUAGUGUCAAAUCUUGAUUUUGGCAAAUACGUCCCUUUUUAGUGCUGUCACUGUCAUUACCUUGACAAAUGUGCUACCUUGACCCAAUGUGUUGAUCUUUCAUACUCAAGUGCCAUUUCCUUGUAGCUCAUUUCCUUUCUGCCUGCUGACCACUUCCUGUAGGAACAAAGGUUGGGGGGCAGUACUGAGGAGGAGAAAAGGGUAAGAGAGGAAGAACAUCUACAACGGUGUUAGGAAAACAAACGUGGAAUUUAUAAAACUCCAUUCUCAGGAUCACUCAGUUCAGCUACAUGGAGAAGAUGGAAUCAUGCCUCUCUGGAACCAGGUUGCUUGUGUACUUGAGUCAUAUUGAUUCAAGCAGAACAGACUUUGAAGGCAGCUAGGAUGUAUGUGUGUCUAUACAAUGUCUGAGCCCAAACCAUCCCUUUGUUUUUAUUCACUAACUCAUUCUAUCUUAGAAGUUCUUUUUUUUUUUUGGUUCGUUGGUUUGGUUGUUGUUUUUUUUUUUGUUUUUUUUUUUUUUGACAGUUUUGCUCUUUUUGCCCAGGCUAGAGUGCAAUGGCACAAUCUCAGUUCACUGCAACCUCCACCUCCCAGGUUCAAGCGAUUCUCCUGCCUCAGCCUCCCGAGUAGCUGGG